AGCGCCCAGUGUGUGGCCUCGGCGGAGCCAUUGCCUAUUCCCCGACGCCAUUGGAAAUCCCCGCCCUGGCGGAUGGAUUAGGGAGGAGCGGCAUCGCCUCUAGAUUUGCGCCAGCGAUAUCGAUCAAUCGGCGGGGAUCGGUGCGAUCGAUUGAUCUUCCCUUCCACCGAAAUAUUUCGGUUCUUGGCAGCGAUGGAGGCAUAUGAUCAGAAGAAAUCCUGGGGGAGGGAGUUCGUGGCGGGCGGGCUGGGAGGAAUGGCGGGCGUGAUCUCGGGGCAUCCGCUUGAUACCAUCAGGAUCCGGCAGCAGCAGCCGCGCCACGCUCUCUCGUCGGUGCCGUCAUCCGCCACUGGAAUGGUGAGGCAUUUGCUCAGAACAGAAGGCGUGCGCGCGCUCUACAAGGGAAUGUCGUCGCCGCUGGCCACCGUUGCCCUCCAGAAUGCCGUCGCCUUCCAGACUUACGCUACUCUUUGUCGAGUACAGUCACCGGAUCAACGAAACGAGACGCUUCCUCUGCAAAGAGUCGCUGUCGCUGGCUUUGGAACAGGUGCGCUCCAGACGCUGAUACUGACACCUGUGGAACUCGUCAAGAUCAAGCUGCAAAUCCAGCGAUCGCUCAAAGGAUGCUCCAAGUCCGCCAACCUUCACGGGCCGCUCCAAGUCGCGCAGAAGAUCACCCAGACAGAGGGCCUCCGGGGGCUCUACCGCGGCCUUGGAAUCACGCUCAUCAGGGACGCCCCGGCUCACGCAGUCUACUUCAGCUCCUACGAGUUCUUGCGCGAGAAGCUCCACCCGAGCUGCCGGAAAAACGGUGGUGAGUCGAUCCUCACGCUGCUCACGGCGGGAGGAUUUGCGGGGGCUCUCAGCUGGAUCGUGUGCUACCCGUUCGACGUGAUCAAGACAAGGCUCCAGUCCCAGGGUCCCGGAGCCGAGAUGAGAUACACGGGCAUCGUGGAUUGCUUAAGGACUAGCGUCCGCGAGGAGGGGAGAGGGGUGCUGUGGCGUGGAUUGGGGACCGCGCUGGCUCGAGCGUACCUGGUGAACGCUGCCAUCUUCUCGGCCUACGAGAUGAGUUUGAGGUUCCUGUCGGCGUCGAGAGCUCCGGACGCCAAAGCGUUUCUUAAAGGAGCCGAGGAGGCGACGCUACCGUGAGUUAUAGUGAGAGUGCCCGAUUGAUCGUCUCGAUUUGUUUGUUCUUGGUUUGCUUGGAAAUCCCUGUGUUGUGAAUAGAGAUAACGCCGAAGAAACGAAUUUCAAACGA